GUCGCGGGCAGGGGGCACCGGGCGCCAUUGUUCCGGGGCCCCGGUGCCGGAGCGUCCUGGGCACUAUGGUUUUCUCCGAAUGUAGUAGGCGGCGGCCUGACCGCGGGGGCCCGGAGAAGGCGUAGACGAGGCCCGGACGCCGUGCCCAGCUGCUGCCGGCCGCCCGGGCCGGAGCUGGGAGACAGCCCGUUGCUAGGCAGCGGCGUCGGGCCGGCGGGGCGGGGCGGGGCGGGGCGUGCGGGGCGCCGGCAUGGACCAGUACUGCAUCCUGGGCCGCAUCGGGGAGGGCGCGCACGGCAUCGUCUUCAAGGCCAAGCACGUGGAGACCGGAGAGAUCGUGGCGCUCAAGAAGGUGGCCCUGCGGCGGCUGGAGGAUGGCAUCCCCAACCAGGCCCUGCGGGAGAUCAAGGCUCUGCAGGAGAUCGAGGACAAUCAGCACGUGGUGCAGCUGAAGGCUGUGUUCCCGCAUGGCGCGGGCUUUGUGCUGGCCUUCGAGUUCAUGCUGUCGGAUCUGGCUGAGGUGGUGCGCCACGCGCAGAGGCCACUGGUCCCCGCGCAGGUCAAGAGCUACCUGCAGAUGCUGCUCAAGGGUGUCGCAUUCUGCCACGCCAACAACAUCGUGCAUCGGGACCUGAAACCAGCCAACCUGCUCAUCAGUGCGUCAGGCCAGCUCAAGAUAGCGGACUUUGGUCUGGCCCGGGUCUUUUCCCCAGAGGGCGGCCGCCUCUACACACACCAGGUGGCCACCAGGUGGUACCGAGCGCCUGAGCUCCUGUACGGUGCCCGCCAGUAUGACCAGGGCGUUGACCUAUGGGCUGUGGGCUGCAUCCUGGGGGAAUUGCUGAACGGUUCCCCUCUAUUUCCUGGGGAGAACGACAUCGAACAGCUUUGCUGUGUGCUUCGAAUCUUGGGCACCCCCAGUCCUCAAGUCUGGCCGGAGAUCAUGGAGCUGCCCGACUACAACAAGAUCUCCUUCAAGGAGCAGGCGCCUGUGCCCCUGCAGGAGGUGCUGCCUGACGCGUCUCCUCAAGCCUUGGACCUGCUGGGGCAGUUCCUCCUCUACCCCCCGCGCCAGCGCAUCGCAGCCUCCCAGGCCCUCCUGCACCAGUACUUCUUCACGGCUCCCCUGCCUGCCCACCCUUCAGAGCUGCCGAUUCCCCAGCGCCCAGGGGGACCUGCUCCCAAGGCCCACCCAGGGCCCCCCCACGUCCAUGACUUCCACGUGGACCGGCCUCUCGAAGAGUCACUGUUGAACCCGGAGCUGAUCCGGCCCUUCAUCCCAGAAGGCUGAACGCUGGGCCAGCCCUGCUGUCCUGCUCCCCAGAGCCCCCAGCCUUGUUCUUCUGCUUAGCCUGACUCGACCUCCCAUGGUCUCUACUCAGCCUCCCUUGGUCCACUCCACGCCUGCUCCCGCUCCCAGCCAGGCGAUGAGCACAUCUAGCCUCAGCAGGGGAGACUAGCAUCCUGCGCUGUCAGCUUCCCAUCUGUGUGCUGCUGACUUUGUGGGCUUUGGGGCUGGGCCUGUCAUGGUGCCGGUCCUUCAGGCCCUGGCCUCCCAGUCAGGGACGGUCCCAGUUCAGGGGAGCACAGAGUGUAAUGAUGUCCUCACAGUGGAACACAGGCAGAAGGCCAGGUCUGUUUUGGUUUUGUUUUCAGAGGCAUUAAAAGCUAGUUCAGUUUUGAGAUUUAUUAGGAAAAGCCCAGGUAGUUCUGCCUGGUGUCUGCCCCCUUCCAUUCCUCUUGAAGGUAGUGGCUGAGGUGGCAUCAGGUCCUGGCCCUUGCUUCUCUAUGGUCAUGAGGAAAGUGGAUCCAUUCACGGCUACUCUGGUCCUGGGGGCUUUGUACAGUGGAGCUUCCAUUUGGAGGCUGAGUGGCAGAAGGCAAGCCCAGGGAUGGCUUAGGUUGGGGACUGAUCAGGUUUAAGCCUGUACCAACAUCUCUACCCUCAGGAUAAGGGUGAGCCAGGACCAGACGUGUCCCCUCCUUACUCAGAUACAGAGCAAGUGAGGAGAUAGGCAUUCCUGGAACUCGUGUCUUAAUUUAGUAAAUCCAAAUACAAGCCCAAUCAGCCCUUGUUUGUUGUUUAAUAAGAUUUGAUAAGCCAUUUCUACAAUGUGUACGGAAAUAAAAGGGUUAAGAGAA